UCUUGAAAAAUCCAGCGCCGCGCGCAUGCAGUUCUCCAUCCAUCGCGGCCGGUAAACCCUGACCAAAUUUGUCUCCCAGCUCUCCGGCCGCUGCCUCUCGAACACUACCAAAUAAUGGCGUCGUCGUCGUCGUCGUCAUCGCCGGCGCCACUGUGGGUCGCCCUUGGCCGCGUCACCCUCGUGCAGCACGACUCCAUCAAGGACCCUGGGGACGUCUCCCUCAAGCUAGCCCUGCCGCCGCGCGCCUCGACACUCACGGUACCCAUGAGCGUCCACCCCAAGCCGGACUACGACGACACCGACAGGCACCCAUACGUGAUCGCGGCGGCUGACGCCGGUCUCCUCCUCCACGUCUCUCACUGGCCCUUCGUCGGCUUCGACCUAGAUCGCGACCCGCCGGGCAUCGUCCUCGUCGCGCGUGACUUCCUCCGCGGCGCCGGACCGGGGGAGGCCAUCGCCGCCUCCGUCGUUCGCAUCCCCGACCGGGACCGUCGUCAAUGCCAGGCCGGCAUCUCCAGCAUAAAAAACACUGGCCUCGUCUCCCUGCCCGGCAGCGGCGGCGCCGACUACGCCGUCGCCGAGCUCUACAUUUCCGCCAGCGACGAGGACGACGACGACGGCGACGACGACGACCGCGCCACCCUCCUCUUCUUCCGCUCCAGGGCCGACUCGUGGGUGCAGAAGGAUCUGAGGUGCCCCUCCAUGUCCGGCCGGCGCUGGAUGUGGUCCUCCCACGACGUGAUCGGCCACGACGGCAAGCUCUGGUGGGUGAACCUCGUGUGGGGUCUCCUCGGCUGCGACCCCUUCGCUGACGAGCCCGUGCUGCACCACGUGCCGCUGCAGGAGACGUACCCGAUCGGGCACACGGCGGAGGUGCUGCAGGACAUCGAGAGGCGGCGGAUGGUGAGGGUGAGCCAGGGCAAGCUGCGGUUCGUGGAGCUCGCCUGCCACAAGGAGGAGGAGGAGGAGGAGGAGACGCUGCUGGUGGUGUGGACGCUGGUCUUCGGCCGGGGCACCUUCACGCGGUGGCAGCACCACCGCGUGGCGAGGCUGGCGAGCAUCUGGGCGAGCGACAGCUACAGAGCCACAGGGCUGCCGGCGCAGGUGCCUGCUCUGGCGCUCCUUCACCCCAGCAACCCGGACGUGGUCUACCUGUACCUAGAGCAGUACCUCUUCGGUGUCAACGUGGCCCAGAGCAUGGUUGUCGACUUCGUUCGCAGGCCAUGCAAACUGGUCGAGGUGGUCGCUGGUCACAAGCGCCCACCGCCGGUCAGCUGGCGGCACUUCCUCGCUUGGGAGUUGCCAUGCUCGCUUGCCGGUGGUAAGACAUAACAUAUACCACGCUUCAUGUUGUUAAUUGCUCCGUAUGAUCGAUCCUCUCAAGGAUGGACAGCGUAAAACAUUCAAGGCAAAUUAUGCGGGCUAUAUCUCAUUUCUAUUUUUUUUUUGUAUUUUUGAAAUUUGUAUGUAGCAAUACUGUUGAGAGUGUGUUCGUCUGAUCUGAUUGGUGGAAUUGCUCACAAAUGAUCACACAUAUGUGAAUGGAUAAAAGUGUUG